AUGAUAUGUUGCAAACCCGUACCAUUAAUUGCUAUGCAUGACAGCACUGGUGAUGCUCUUUACAACGGCCGAGCCAAUAUUUCUCGGGAAAACGUCUCUGAGUGCCGGGACAAACUUGUGUCUGAAGUCGAGUCUCUGCUGGACAGAGUCUCGGAUUGGGGGCGACUAAAUCUAGUCCAGUUUAACCCCCAGAAGACACAAGUUUGCGCGUUAACCGCUAAAAAGAACCCCUUUGUCGUAUCCCCUCAGUUUCAAGGCACUCCCCUUGUUGCCUCAGCCAGUAUCGGAAUCCUCGGCGUCGACAUAUCGAAUGACGUGCAGUUUCGUGGUCACUUGGAAGGGAAGGCCAAAUUGGCCUCUAAAAAAGCUUGGCGUGCUCAGCAGAGCGGGACAGUAUUUCAUGCCGGCACACCGCCUGCAACUUUACAAGGCGCAGGUUCGGCCGCUCAUGGAAUACUGUUCCCAUCUCUGGGCUGGGGCUCCCCAGUACCAGCUCCUUCCACUUGA